CUAUAACUACUAGCCCUUUUUCUCAACUCGUUCAUAUUAUAAAUCAACUCAACAAAAAAAAUUAAAGAGAGAACUGAAAAGGAAAAAAGAAAAGAAAGAACCACUACUAUAGUACUACUAGCUAGAUCGUUACCAAUUAACUUUCUAUAAAAGAGUAGUGCUCUAAUAUAUAGUAUUAUUAUUAUCGAUCAUCAAUAAUAUUAUUGUUAUGGGAAAAGAUCAAGGUCUGGGACUUGAAAUUACGGAGCUGAGGUUGGGUCUCCCCGGAGCGAGGGGCUCGAAGAGGGUUUUCUCGGAGAUGGCCGGAGAAGGAGACGAUGAGAAAAGCGAGAAGAAGAGCCAACAAGUGGUGGGAUGGCCUCCGGUGUGUUCUUAUAGGAGGAAGAACAGCUUUCAUAGUAGUGAUCAGAAAGUAGUGUACGUCAAAGUCAGCAUGGAUGGUGCUCCUUUUCUGCGUAAAUUAGAUUUGAGCAGCAUGCAUAAGGGGGGCUACUCUGAUCUUGCCCUUGCAUUGGAGAACCUCUUUGGCUGUUUUGGCAUAGGAGAGGGGUUGAAGGAUUCAGACAAUUGCGAAUUUGCGCCCAUUUAUGAAGACAAAGAUGGAGACUGGAUGCUAGUGGGAGAUGUUCCCUGGGAGAUGUUUGUUGAGUCAUGCAAGAGGCUGAGGAUAAUGAAGAAAUCUGAUGCCAUGGGAUUUGGACUGCAGCCAAAUAAGAGUUUCCUCCUCAAGGGAAGCUUAAAAAAUGAGACCAAAUAAGCAGUAAUACAUAUAUAUAUAGAGAUCAGAUCAGAUCAGAUCAUGUGGCUUUUCCCUCAAAUUCAAUCACGUCCGUCCAUCAGAUACAUUAUUUUUCAGUUUAACUAUAUUGAUUAUAUGUCCCUUUUAUUUCUUCAGAAGACGUACGGUUUAUUAAUCCUUGAUGAUGAUGAUGAUGAUGAUCGCUUAAUUAAUUACAAAGUAAUGUGAAAGUGUUGUCUUUAAUUACUAAUAUAUUGUUUAAUUAAUAGCAAAAAGUACUAGAUAUGGAAGACAUUUUUUUUGUCCUGUUUAUUCACAUAAAUGCAUGCGUAUUUGUGAUCAUGUGUGUUUCAAAUUUUCUCAAACAUAAAUGAAAUAUUGUUUGAUGUUUUUUUAA